ACAUGAUGGAAAGGAGCCAUGACCAGAACACACUGCAGUGUAGGGUUAAAGUGAAGGAGCUGUGGAGUGCCUACCACAAAGCCUGCGAGGCAAACCACGACUCCAGUGCUUCCCCCAUGACCUGCCAUUUCUACAAAGAGCUGGAUGCAAUAGUUGGGGGCGACCCCACCUCCACUCCGAGUACCACCAUGGACACUUCAGAGCCCAGUUCAACAAGGGAGGAGGAGGAGGAGGAGAAGCAAAGCAGGAGCAAGUAUGCUGAGGUGGAGGAAGACACCCCGGAAUCUCUAGAUGCAUGCAGCCAGGAACUGUUCUCAAGCCAGGAGGAAGAUGCAACCUUGAGAUCUCAGUCGUCUGUGUUAUCACCAGCCGAGAGACUGUAAAGACUCAGGAAGAGGCCAAGUAGAAGCAAGGAAGACAUGCUGCACAAAAUAAUGCAGCAGUCACUUAAUGAGAAUCUAAAAGUGCAGGAGUGGAGAGAGAGUGAAAGGAGGAUCUGUCAGCAGAAUGCUGAUCGCUGGCACAAAAGCACGGAGCUCCAGAAGCAAAGCACGGAUUGGCUGAUAAGCAUCAUGGAGCUCCAAGUGGACUCUAUCCAGGCACUUGUAGCCAUGCAGAUGGAGCACUACCAAGCCCCCUCCCCACAGUCCUUGUCACAAAACUCUUUCCAUUGUGCCCCCAUGUCACCUCCAACCCACUUUUCCCAACAUCCGGGUUUUUAUCCCCACCAGCUGCCUCC